GAGGAAUUAUGUGUUACAAAAUUGCUUUAAACCCCAAAAUACCCUUGAUCCAAUGGAGAUGACUUAUUUGCCCUCAACCCUUGUUGUCAUCUUCUUCCAUGAGGAAACCAUUAACCGAUUAGGGUUACGGAAUCAAAAGCAUUCCCUGAACGUUAAACCGCUCUCAUCUUCUCUCUCUCCAUAUAUAUAUAUUUUUCCCGGCGAUUUGAGCAACAAAGAAGUAUUCCUUCUAUCUUCCUUGUCUGUGAAGAACCAAACCCUCUCAAUCUUGAAUUCUUCAACUCUCCCUUGAUUACAUUCUCAGUCUUAGAAACUCCAAUAUCGAUCCACCGGAGUUUUAGAGAUACGAGCUUAAAUUUGAUCUCUCCUGCUCAAUCACUCACGCCCAAUCAAUAGUAUUUUCAGAAGUUUCUGAAAUAGAGAGGUCGCACAAGUUCAUGGCGAUGGCUCCUAAAAGAUCAAGGCCUCUCCAUAAUUUCAACAUGCCUUGCUGAGAUGGGGGAAUCAACGGGUUCUCAGAUGCAUGAAAGUGAAUUCCAACGGAAAAGUUUCCCCCUUCGACCGCAAAUUAUCGCCUUCCUCCGAAUCCCAAUAUGAAGAUUUUAUCGGCGGGAGAAGGGAAUCGAAUUCCACGAAGCAGGGAUCUUCUAACAGCUUCGAAAAAUCCAAGAAAUUGCUUUUGCCACCGAUUGGAGCUUAUGGAGAGAAAUCAAAGAUUGAUGGUGAUGUUGACGACGGGAUUGCAGAGGUUAGGGCAAAACUCAUGUCUGAACUCCAUACAGUUGCUAAUAAGAUUAAUGUUGCAAUUCCUGAGGAAGGUGAAGAAGAUGAGUCGUCUGUUGCGGCGGCAAGGCCGUGGAAUCUUAGAAAGAGGAGAGCAGCUUGUACGGCUCCCAAUGAUAGCGGAAGAGGAGUCGGUGGUGGUAGUGGUCUUGCUAGAUGUUCGAACUUAAAGAAUGAAGAGCGUCAGCAGAAUACUUCUCCUUCGUGGAAUGACAAUUCCACCAUUAAAUCGCUUAGGCUGAGGUUUUCAUCUCUUGAGCAAAGCAAUAUUGGGAAGAAGGAGAUCCUAAGUUCUCAAUCGCACUUUCUCGACAAAAGAUCGAGGACGAAGGGGAUGGGGGUAAAAAGAACAUUUAACAUUUGAUUCUAACGGUGUUAACACCACAAGGUACGUUUGUAAUUAUAAACUUCACGGAGGGUCUAAGUGUAAUAGAUGAAACAUUCAAGAGAGGGGAGUGAAAUUUCCUCUAGAUUAUAUAAUGAAAGAUAAGUUUGGUAUGAUUAUGUGUUGAAUUAAUUCUA